UGUAGUGAGGAUACUCACCGAACUGAAAAAAUGCAUAAACACUUGUAUUUGUUACCAAUUGUUGUUACUAUAUGUGCAGCUUUUGCCUUGGUAGAUGAAGUAGAUGGCGAGUACUUGAUCGGAGUCGGUAGCUAUGAUAUGACGGGUCCUUCAGCCGGGGUUAACAUGAUGGGCUAUGCUAACAUAGAGCAGAGCACCGCCGGAAUCCAUUUCCGACUGAGAACAAGAACUUUCAUAGUUGCUGAAAGUUCCCAAGGUGCGAGGUUUGCUUUUGUUAACCUUGAUGCAGGCAUGGCAUCGCAGCUUGUUACUAUCAAAGUGCUGGAAAGGCUCAAAACAAGGUUCGGAGAUUUGUAUACACAAGAAAAUUUGGCAAUCAGUGGCACCCAUACUCAUGCAGGGCCUGCUGGUUACUUGCAGUACGUGGUUUACUCUGUUACUUCAUUAGGGUUUAUCAACCAAACAUUUGGUGCAAUUGUCACGGCCAUCGAACAAAGCAUUGUUCAGGCUCACAACAACCUCAAACCUGGAUCGAUCUUCUUGAACACAGGGGACGUGGUAAAUGCAGGGAUAAAUAGGAGCCCGAGUGCAUACCUGUUCAACACACCAGAAGAAAGGGCUAGAUACACCAGCAACGUAGAUACGACGAUGACCCUGUUGAAGUUUCUUGAUAGUGCCAGCAAUAGAAGCAUAGGUGCGUUCUCCUGGUUUGCCACGCAUGGAACCUCCAUGAGCCGAGACAACAAGCUCAUAAGUGGAGACAACAAGGGCGCCGCUGCCAGGUUCUUUGAAGACUGGUUCAGUUUUAGCAACAAUUCCCUCUCUACUCGAAUUACCAAAUUUUCUACUACCCACGACAUCAGCAGACUAACAAAGAAAGCUAAAAAAAUCAAGGCUACGGGAGGAAAACCCUGUGGGAAAACAACCAGCCAAGGCUUUAAAGUGAGGAAGAACGAUGGGACCGGAUUUGUGGGGGCUUUCUGCCAAUCAAAUGUUGGAGAUGUGUCCCCAAAUGUGCUAGGAGCAUUUUGCACGGACAGCGGGAAGCCUUGUGAUUUUAAUCACUCGUCUUGUAAUGGCAAUGACCAGCUCUGCGUGGGCCGUGGCCCUGGAUACCCAGAUGAAAUAUUGAGCACAAAGAUCAUAGGAGAGAGGCAAUUCGAAAAGGCAAUGGAGCUAUUCAGUUCUGCUACUAAUCUGUUGAGUGGAAAAAUUGAUUAUCGCCAUACGUAUAUAAAUUUCACCAACAUCGAAGUGCAUCUGAAUGAAAGCACCGUAGUAAAGACUUGUCCCGCGGCUCUUGGUUCGGGUUUUGCUGCUGGAACUACAGAUGGGCCUGGAAUGUUCGGUUUUCAACAAGGCGACACAGAGAUCAAUGAGUUUUGGAAACAAUUACGGGACUUGCUAAAAGAGCCUAGCAAAUACCAGGUGGAUUGCCAACAACCUAAGCCAGUUUUGCUCAGCACUGGCGAAAUGUUUGAACCCUAUGCAUGGGCGCCCGCUAUACUUCCCAUUCAAAUGCUGAGGUUGGGGAAUUUUGUUAUCCUAUCUGUACCUGGAGAGUUCACCACGAUGGCCGGUCGACGGCUAAGGGAAGCAGUUAAAGAGACAUUGAUAAGUAAUGGAAAUGGAGAGUUCGACGAUGAGACGCAUGUGGUAAUAGCAGGACUUACAAACACGUAUUCUCAGUAUGUAGCAACUUUUGAGGAGUACAAGCAGCAGCGAUAUGAGGCUGCUUCGACACUAUAUGGUCCUCAUACGUUAUCAGCUUACAUCCAAGAGUUCACAAAACUCGCAAAAGCAAUGGCUACGGGUAAAAAGCCCGCUGAUAUCGGUUUGUUACCACCGGAUCUCUCCUCUGUUCAAAUCAGCCUCUUACAAGACCCUCUAGGAGACUCCCUGCCACCAGGAAAAAGAUUUGGAGACAUGGAGCAAGAUGUUGCUCAACCAAAUGGAGGCUCAUUCAAGAACGGGGAUAAACCGAGGGCUACGUUUUGGAGCGCUAAUCCAAGAAAUGAUCUGCUGAUAGAAGGCACAUUUGCAGUAGUGGAGAUGCUUCAAGGGGGGAGGUGGAUUCCCGUCUACGAUGAUGACGAUUUUAGCUUGGUUUUCAAGUGGAAUGCUGAUAACAGCGGCAUGUACGGCUUAGCGAACAUUGAAUGGGAAGUACCGGAGGUUGCUGCUGCCGGGGUUUAUCGGCUCAGGCACUUUGGGUCGUCUAAGAAAACUAAGGACUCUCCUAAUGAAUACUACACAGGCGCAUCCAGUGCAUUCACGGUGGCAUGAAUAACCUCAGUGUAAUCUGCAUCUUGUUUAGCAGAAAAUAAGGCACAGUUGUCCAUCUAAAUUUUUUUUUCUGAGAUUUCAAAUCCAGACAA